UCCGGGCUACAGACCGCCAUUUUAGAUCGUCUGCUCGCGCACAGAAAGACGCAAUCAUGGAGAUGAAGAGUCAGCUCUGCAAGCUUUUUGUUGGUGGGCUUAACGUCCAGACCACCGACGAAGGCCUCCGCAAGCAUUUUGAGCAAUUCGGAGCGCUGACCGACUGUGUGGUAGUGCAAAACCAGCAGCUAAAGCGCUCGCGCUGUUUCGGCUUUGUGACCUACUCCUCGCCAGAAGAAGCGGACGCCGCCAUGGCCGCUAGGCCUCAUGUGCUCGAUGGCAACAACGUGGAGCUGAAAAGAGCAGUGGCUCGGGAAGACGCCGGCAAGCCGGAAGCCCUAGCGAAGGUCAAGAAGAUAUUUGUCGGUGGUCUUAAAGACGACAUCGAGGACCAGCAUCUGGUCGACUGCUUUUCGCAGUUCGGUGCCGUCGAGAAAGCCGAGGUGAUCACAGACAAAGAGACCGGCAAGAAGCGUGGCUUCGGCUUCGUCUACUUCGAGGACAACGACUCGGCCGACAAGGCCGUGGUGCUCAAGUUUCACAACAUUAACGGCCACAAAGUGGAGGUGAAGAAAGCCCUGACCAAGCAGGAGAUGCAGAGCGCUGGGGGUCGUGGUGGUGGCGUUCGUGGAGGAAGAGGAGGACGCGGCAUGGGAAGACCUCAAAAUGGCUACGGCGGCGGAAGAGGUGGCGGCUAUGGAGGCAACUACGGCGGCGGCUAUGGUGGAGGAAACGACGGCGGAUACGGCGGCGGCUACGGAGGUGGCUACGGCGGCGGGUAUGGGGGCGGCUACGGGGACCAAAUGGGAGGCUACGGCGGUGGCAACGGCUACAAUGACUUUGGCAGCGGCUACGGCCAGCAGGCCUCGGGCUACGGCCCCAUGAAAGGUAAUUACUCGGGCAGAAACAGCGCUCCUUACUCCCGAGGUGGCGGCGGCGGUGGUGGUGGUUACGGAAGCAGGGGGGGUUAUGGAGGCCCUUAUUAAAGAGCAGAUUUAUAGAUAGAAAAGUUCCUCCUCACCCCAGGACUCGAGUGAAUUUAGCACAUCCAUAUACAAGAAUCUUCGAUCUAAUCCAGCCUAGCAAAACGUGUAGGGAGUAACGGCGUUUACUAUUACAACAAAGUGAUCAAACCUCCAUCUUAUCCUCCUCCCAAAGCUACUAGGCGGAAUUUCAACAAGGCGUAGGACUCUUACUCCGGAUCCUUACUUUAGGACUCUCCAAUGGUGGCAGGGGGUCAGGUUACCUGUCGUAAAACUUUUUUUUUAUAUUUUUUUAACCAAGAUUGUCUUUUGAAUUAAGUUAAGACUAGUACACUUGCUUUGUUAGAUUAGGCAUGUUUUGUUUUUUUCUCCUUUUUUUUUUUCUUUUAGGAUAUGUAUUGUAUGUUGUGUAACUUCAAUUUUUUUUUACUACAUUAAGUGUUAAAUAUGGGACUUUUUUUGAUCAACUAGCCUUGUUAAGUUUCGUGAACUCGAUCUACUUUAACUAGGCUUGUUGGUCACUAGAUUUGAGCAGGCUGGGUGCGACUCCCGCCUGAGAGGUCACGUGUCCUUUGGCCGCUCAUCGCACACAGACGCGCAGCUUCCAAUUAACACCAUGUUAAAUAGUUGAGUGGUUAUUAUGAACAUUUGUCCUAGAUGUUAACAGUGAACUUGUUUCAUAGGCUUGGUCUAGUUUAUUCCCUGCUCCAGUUAAACCAAUUAUGACGGCUUCCUUUAAAUACUGUCUCAUUGUAUUACUGCUUAAAUUUAUUGCCCUAUUAAAUAUUGUUUAUUUCAGUUCCAAGCACGCUGUAUGUAUUUCUAUGAAUAAAAAAAAAGUUCUUACUCUAUUAGCCAUUAUGUCUUUCACUAGAUGAGCCUUUAUUAGUUGGUAGACUAAACCAGUGAGUUUAGUUCGCAUCUCAAUAGUUCCUACAUUACAUGGUCACGAGCCCAAAGUUUCUUUGCACCCUGACCAUAUCUACACAGAUGAAUGGGGAUUGUAAAAUCUCCCCAACAAUUAAAUAAGGAUAUGUUGUCUUUACUGUAAAAAUGUUUAGAGCUUUGUUCCAGUACUUUUAGUCAUCAUAUAAGGCGGAUCUAUACCUUAGCUGUGUCCACUACUACGUCAUUGGAUUCUCCAGAGGUACGCCAGAGCUGUAGAAACCCAGCUGAAAGCCCAUAGGAUAUUCACACCAGGUUUCAGGUUUGUAGAAAAUACUUUAUACAUAAGACAUCACAUCGUAUGGAUCCACCUGGAAUGACUGACCUCUUUACAUCGGCUAUUUGUUAGAUGAUGGAGCAUGCAUGCAAUUUAACUUGCAACAUUUCUUUAGUACUCGAAAGUAACUAUCAUGUGAAUGACCGAGGUGGUAAUUAGAAUAUUGUUUGGUUCUGUGUGUGUGAAGCUGUGGUUAUAUUCGUCUCUAGUUUGUCUUGAUCCAACAUUUUAGGCCAUUUUCAGUUUAAGACCAUACCGGAGUGUGGGGCUUAGUUCCUGUUUACUUGAUGCAUUAGUUCCAGAUAUUAAUGACACCAAAUGCAAGGAGAUCAGCAUUAUUAAGCAAGGUUUGUGGCUUCAGUUAUUUACCUUACAUCUUAUCAAUUCCCCUUCCCUCAUCAUCUCGGUGUUAUGCUUGUGUGUGUCCCUAUACAUUUAUGGUACACUGUGAGGACUUGGAUAUUUAUUACACUGUAGCAUUAAAGCUUUCCAUAGCUUUAAUUAUUCCUAACAAGUCCUGGUCUGGCCUGUUGAAGUGUGUGGAUGAACAAGAAACUAAGCUUGCAUUAUACCUCCCAUGACUUAAUGGCAGUUAUAAUGCCCUGAAGGGGAUGGUGAUUCAUCAGUAAAUGGGUUGGGCAGAUUAUUUGGCCUGUUAUUUAAGAAGCUACUCUCUCAUUGAGCAAUAUAAUAAUAUCUUUGUUUUUUCCCCCCUUCUGCAGAAUGGACAAAACUGAAGGAGUUUAAUUCCUCAGUUUUGAGCCCACCUGGUUGAAGCUCUGAAGAAGUGGAUGCUGGAAAGCUACGAACAAUGGCAGUCUUUGGAAGCUGGUUGCUUCCACCCACGUGCAGGAUACUGUAGGAUCAUGCAGCUGUGGCCAAACUGAUGCGGGUAUGUUGCCCUGGAGGUGAAGAACAGUGGAUCUGUGAUGUGGGCAGAUCACACAGCUGUGAUGUCUGACUAGCUUAAAUGGACCGUGUGAAUUGACUUGGGUGUGGUUUAAAAAUCUGUUUACUUUCAAUAAUAAAAGAUGUGAACACAA